AUGUCGCUCCCUUUUCUUGCCUCAUCUCACUCUCUCCUCUUCCCACUCUCUCUCUACUCUUCCACCUCUCUCUUCUCUUCCCCUUUUUUCUCCUCUUCCCUUCUCUCCUCUCCCCUCUCUUUCUCCGCUCCCCCUCUCUCUUCUUCCACCAUUCUCUCAUCUUCCCUCUGUCUACUCUUCCCCUCUCUAUCUCCUCUUCCCACCUCUCUCUCCUUUUCGCACCUCUCUCUCUCUCUCCUCUUCCCUACCCUAUCUCCUCUUCCCACCUCUCUUCUCUUAACCUCUCUCUUCUAUUCCCCCCUCUCUCCUUUUUUACUCUCGUUUUACGAUGUCACAUACUUUCUUUUCCAUUCCUUAUCAAGCUUCGCAAACAUCUACGUAACAUCUACUCUCCAUUCUUUUGAUAUCUAUAGUGUUAAUAAGCUUAUCUCUAAAGACAUUCUUCGUGAAUACCGUUUUUAUAUAUCUCUGUUUGCUUCUAAUUUUAUUUCUUUCGUCUUCUUUCAUUUUUGUCUGUCCUUCCUUUCUUAUUCUUAUCCUCAUUCUCUUCUCCCAUUUCUCUUUUACAUCUGUAAUCUGCUACUCGAUUUUACUAUUCUCAUGACAACUUACUUUCACUUUCAAUGUUCCUAUCUCACUUUCACUUUCAAUGUUCACUCUCUCUCGAUGAUAGCCUACUUUCACUUUCACUAUUCAUACGGCAUCUUAUUUUCACUUUAG